UCUACCGAACAGACCAGCUUACAGAACUAAUCCAGUAGAAACUAAAGAGCUUCAGAAGCAAGUAGAAGAGCUGAUGAGUAAGGGACAUAUCCGAGAGAGUCUCAGUCCAUGUGCAGUACCAGUAUUGCUUGUACCAAAGAAAGAUGGUUCAUGGAGGAUGUGUGUUGACUGCAGAGCUAUUAACAAUAUCACAGUGAAGUACAGACACCCAAUUCCGAGAUUAGAUGACAUGUUGGAUGAGUUAUGUGGAUCAACAGUCUUCUCAAAGAUAGAUUUGAAGAGUGGGUAUCAUCAGAUCAGAAUGAAGGAAGGAGAUGAAUGGAAAACAGCUUUCAAGACCAAGCAAGGGCUCUACGAAUGGCUAGUCAUGCCGUUUGGUCUCACCAAUGCUCCUAGCACCUUCAUGCGAUUAAUGAAUCAUGCUCUCAGACCGUUCAUAGGCAUCUUUGUGGUUGUGUAUUUCGACGACAUACUCAUCUACAGUAAAGGUCUAGAAGAACACUUAGAACACAUCCGCCAAGUUCUAAAUGUUCUUCGUUCUCAAUCCCUCUUUGCUAAUUUUUCUAAAUGUUCAUUCUGUACUACUGAGGUUGUUUUUCUAGGCUUUGAUAGGAAGCCAAUAGCUUACUUCAGUGAAAAGCUAGGAGGAUCAACGUUGAACUAUCCUACAUAUGACAAGGAGCUGUAUGCUUUGAUUCCGAUUUGA